CAAUUUCGGUUUUUCACGGUAACAUAUACAACAUACACAAAAUUAUCCAUUUACAAAGUUUCUUAAAAUAAGAUUACAGAAUUGGUGGGGUAAGAGGCACACCCACGGUGGUGGAAUAAAAUUAUGUUUUCUAAAGUAUCGGCCACGUCUGUCUUAUAGUGUCAUUUUCCUAACUACGCAGUACUGCCUCUCAACGGUAAUCCGUUGCAACUUUCUUUCAUCAAGUUAUCUUAUUACAAUAACGGCACAGUCUUAUUAGUUUCAAAUUACUGGACAAAUAGCUAAACAUAUAAAUUUUAUCUCAGAAGUACUACAGAAAAUAAUCUUAAUAAAAAUAUCUCACAAUGUCGUUAUGUAUCCCUUCAUACUGAAGCUGAAUACAUUAAUCAUUUUGUAUAAAACAGAAAUAAAAUAUGUGUUUGAUAAUAUACGGCAACUGCACCUUUAUUGACGUAUUCAAUGCACAUCAAUCGAAAAUUUACGGAAAACGUAAGUUCUGACUUUUGAUUGUUUAUAGAAUGUAAUGGAACAUAUAAUAUUAAAAAGUUUAUUUUUCUUAAAAUUAUUCAGUAUUCAAACCUCUUCUUAACAUAAUGUAUAAGUACUUCGUUUUAUCUAAUAAAAAUGGCAGUUCCUGACACUAACAUAUUCAUAUUAUUUAUUUAAGGCACUGGAACACAUUCUGAAAUCCCUGAAUCAUUGCUUAUCUUCAGACGUUUCUUGCGCUCAACUACACGUCGAUCAUGGGGACAUUCUGAAAGACAUGAAACAAUGGGAUGACGCCGCUCAGAGUUAUAGAAUGGCAAUUCAACUGGAUCCGAAACUGUCUCAUGCUCAUGUAAAUCUAGCUGUCAUUAAUCAUCUCCAGGGAGAGUGUCAUCAAGCGCUUCGUCACUAUCAUGAAGCAUACAUGCUAGAUCCGGACAACCAAUUGCUUCACGAGAACAUGAGAAAGCUGAAACUUCAUCUAGUUGAUGGCUCCGGCACGUGUGAAGGAAGUCAACCAGCCACUUGUAAGAGCCGGUGACAACCAGUCAAAGGUCAUGGCUUGGGACCAUUCAUGACUUAUACAGCUGCUUCGAUGAAAUGAAUUAAAGAAAAUACUGGAAAAAAAAGAAAAAAAAAGAAAAAAAAGAUGUUGUAUAAGAACGUAAAGAAUUGUUGUUCGUUUAGAUGGCCGUGGCGUAUAGUGAAAUAUUGUGUGUGAAUUUUUUUGAUUUUGAUACGUAAUAAAUUUAUUGGUAUUUCUUAUCUUUC